AUGGCCCAGCCCGUGACGAUGGCGCAGCCCACUGCCACCAUGACCUACCAGGGGGAGCCGGGAGUCACCUACAUGCCUGCCGACGCUGGCCCGGUCACUUACGUUGACGCUGCCACUGGCCAGCCAAUCCAGAUGCUGCCAGCCGGCUACGACUACGGACAGCCUGUGUACAUGCAGGAUGGCCUCCCUCCAGCCACUUCAAUGAUCUACAGUCCUUACACGUAUCCUGCCGCGCCUAUGGACCACUCGCAGGGCAAGUGGUUCGCUCCCGGCGAGGAGUUGCCGCCUGGAUUCAUCCCGGUGGCGCAUCCGGAGGGUCACUUUGAGCCCCAGGCACAUCAUUCCAUGACGGAUGCCGUGAAGUCGAGCAUGGGUAUGCCAGUUGCAAGUGCUGCAGUUCCCAAGGCCGAGAAGAAGAAGAGCAAGAAGAAGAAGUCGUCGGGCUGCUGCUGA